AUGGCUGGCCUCAUGCGAUCAGAAUCGUCGCUUUCUAGUGCACCCAGUUUUUCUUCAACCUUACGGAUUCAGGCCACCCCAAGCCAGUCUAGUCUGAGAAGCAAGCCUGCAGAUUCUAUCCGGAGUGUUAAGUUAUUCAGCUCCCGCACCGAGAAGCCUCGCGCAAGAAAGGAGCGGCGUGCCAAAAGAAAUAAAGUCUCUGAAGGCGGAACAGAAUUCAGAAAGGAUCCAGAUGUAGAGGAAGAAGAACCCCGACCAAAGCUAGACAGGACCACCGAUUUGAUUGUUUCCAACAAUUUUCCAUUUCGACCAGCAAGCUAUCGAAAAGUCGCUGCACCGCUGUCUGAAGAGAACAAUCAAUGUCAAAGACUAUUCAUGCUGCCCUCUACCAUUCGCCGAAGAAUUUAUGGACUUUGCUUUCCAGAAGAGCCUCGCCCUGUAACAGUUUCCCCUUCGUUUGCGACAAGACACGUUUUUGGGGAGGGUUACUUUGCCCAAGUAUGGGAUGUUUUGGAGGAUGUCCGUGGUGGCCUAGAGUCUUUUAGAUUUCUGCGAAAGGAUCUGCUCACUUUUUUCUGGAGCGAGUACCAUUUCCAUGUCACCAUCAACGCAUUUACUGGACCUAAGCUUUCUCCACUGUCUCAUAUUUGGCUGCCCCAGCACGUAGGGAGUAUCAAGAACUUGACAGUGGAGAUUGACUACACAAGACUUGGUGGCAGCUGCAGAAGACUGGCAUCCACGUUCGGUUAUAACAGGGACAAGGAAGACAGACAGCUGACGGCCAUAUUCGAAGGCUUAGCUGAUCGUAAAGACGGCUCUUCUAUCGACGCGCUGACUAUCUUGUGCAGGCGUUUCGCUGGCUUUCAGCCUCACAAUGACAGCAAAUUCAGAGAAUUGCUUGGGAAAGCGCCUGUUCCGUAUUGCCCCGAAUCUGUAUUAGGUAUCUCGAGCUAUAUCCAGCAUGUAGAAGGGAAGGUCCGACAACUCAGAGUGGCAGGAUAUCCGUUAGGAUACACCAAAGACCUGCUGAAUGUGUUUUCUAUGUCUAUCAAGAAUCCGCGAUAUCCAGAAUUAACAACUGGUGCAUGGCCUCCCCUCCCUCCGCCGCCUAAAACCAAAGAGAAUGUCGUGAUCUCUACGCUAAAUACUCCAAUGUCAAGCUUCUCGUCGACUUUCAGUGGAUUGAACCCUCCAUCUGUCACACCUUCGCCUACGUCGACAGCUUCACAUACAAACACAAAUACAGCCACACCCACACCCACACCGUCCGCUUAUCGUCUCGACCUGAAGCGGAGCCCUAGCCUUGUAGAGGAGUUUCAGAAUGGUCUCCGACGGCAAGACUCCCCUACAUCGGAAUCAGACUAUUCAAAUCAUUCCAAUUAUACGAUCACAAAUGAUGAGAAUACUUUGGUCGAAGAGACCGAGGAUAUGCUUUUAGCUGCUAGUCACCCAUCUCAAACCAAUCACGCUCAGCAGUAUCAGAACCUUGUUGGUCCCUUCACCGUGUCAGACCAAACAAAUGAAGGUCAUCUAUUCUCGAGCAACACGACACACAGCUAUAGCCCUGCAACCCCACGUUCAAAAACCAUGGGAGACCUACGAAGUGCUACAGGUAGUAUUAGAUCCAGAAUGGCUAAGCCUAGCGUACGAUUCGAUCGACAAACCCCAUCACCUCCAUCUCGAGUAUCCACGCCAAAGACACCCAAUGGUAUGAAUGAAAGGAAUGAACAAGACCCAGCGUUUGUUCGAAGCGUCAGCGCUUUACGUAGCAUUGAUCUUCCUCCCAAAGAGCCAGUCAAAGAGACAGCCAAAGAGCCAGCAUCUAUCUUCAAUUUGGGACUUGGUCUGGAUUUUAUGGCGCCCAUUCUUCCUAGCGUCUUCACUUCACCAGAGCCUUUCCUACGAGCGACCUCGGUACAAGGACUUCGAAGAUCUAGCAGUGAGCAAACUACUCCGGUCAGAUGUACCACUAGCAUGAGCAUGGCUGCUCUCAAGCGUGCAAGUGUUAAAAAGAAGUGUGUCAAUUUUUACAACAAACUCCGAGGGCGAACUUCUGAAACUGCCUCCUAG